GAGCCAGUUUUUGAAGUACAUAAAUUCACAGCCCUAAAGAACAGGGUUAUUGCUUUUAUUUCCCAGCUCUUCCAGUUCCCUGCUGUAGCACCAUAGGAUAUUUCCUUGGCUUUCUGUGCCCUUCAGUUUUCCUCUCUUCAGGAGAAUGCAUGGAUACUUUCCUCUGAAAAGUUGUGAGGCAUAAAUAACUUUUCUUUCAGAAGGAAGUUAAAAUAAUUUGGAAAAGUUCAGAGGAACAGCAAGUGCCACCAGCUGCAUUGCCUGAUGCCAUGCCAAGCUGGACAGAGUCUGGCACUGCGGAGCCAUGUUAGCAGUGGGAAAAUCAGCUCCAGACAGAAAGCAGACUUAUUUCUCUCUGCAGAUGUUUUCCAGAGUGAAAGGGCUACAUCUCCGUGAUGCUGUUCUGCUGCCCAUCUCGGCACAUGCAAGAGAAGUGGCAGGUUUAGAUGGAGUUGUCUCCUCUAUGUGUCCAGCCCGGAGUUGCUCACAUCAUGAAGGAGGCAGCAAUGGGCGACCAAGGCACCGUGAAACCUGUUCCUUCUCUGUGCCUUUUCUGCAGGCUUUGCAGGCAGAAGAGAGAAUUAUUGACUCUGUGGCACCAGCAAAGUAUCCAGAAUCUAUAUUUUGUUUAAAGCAGAAACAGUUAUUCGUCAACAGUGCCUUAUUGUGUCAGAAGAAUUGCAUGACCUUUGGUGAAUUAUUUUCUGCUGAAGUGGGGAGCGGCAGAAAUCAUCAUGCAAGAGCUGGAGAUGCACAUCAGCUGCUGAGCUGGAGGGAGCUGCCUGGGAACAGCUACUGGGGACCUUCGGUGGAGACUGGGCAGUCGUCCCGGCUGCUGGCCGCCUGCUGCCAGUCAAGUGACCUGAGAGCUGAAGCCGUGGGCUGCCACCAGACCCGCAGGAACGCUGCUGUUUAGCUGAGGGUGUCCUAGUUAAAAAAACCUCCCAGCGAGGGAGCCUGAGUCAUGAUUCUAUCUAUCCAGUCCUUCUCCCUCACCACCCACCAUGCAAAAUGCCUUGGUUUUAAAAAUAAAAUGCAUGAGUAUUUUA